AUGAACCUACAUUCAGAACAUAAAGCUAAAUUUAAGGGUUCAAAAUCCAAAUCUUCCCCAACUUCCCCAACAAAAUCUUCAUUUUCUACGAUAAAGAAAUUUACACAACGUAGAAAAUCCGAUUCCGCGACUUCAAAAUCAAAGUUACCAAAAUCAUUGAAACGUCCCAUCUCUCUGGCCACAAAUAAAACUGCUGCUGAAAAUUCUGAAUCUUCGGCAGUGGAAAAAAAUUAUAAUCAUAAAAAGUCGGCAAAUAAAUCCUUCUUUUCUUCAAAGAGGAAAUCUUUCGUGAGCAAAGAGGAACAACUUCCCGUCUCUACUGCCACCGUUGCUCCCGCGCCUGCCCUAGCGACAGAUUUGUCCAGAGAACCUUCUUCACAAUCUUCCAGUAAAUCACGUGUUAGGCUGAGUUCCGGAAGGGUUGUAAGCUUUUCAGAAGUUGGUGAUAGAAAUGGGUAUCCCGUCUUCGUAUUCUUGGGAAUGGGUUGUGUGCGUUAUUUUAUUGCCUUCUUUGAUGACUUGGCCACAAGUUAUAAUUUAAGAUUAAUAUGCCCUGACCGUCCUGGUAUCGGUUUGUCUGACGAUGUCAAAGCUGAAGAGCAACAAGUAUUAAAAUGGCCUGAUGUUAUAGAGGAACUUUGUGAUAUUAUGGAAAUACCAAAAUUUUUCAUUAUGGCUCAUAGUGCAGGAGCUCCAUAUGCUCUUGCAUGUGCAAUGAAAAUACCCCAAAGAUUACAGGGUACAAUUUAUUUAGUGUCACCUUGGGUUAGCACGACAGUAGCUAAUAAUUUUAAAUGGUUACAAUAUGUACCUACACCAAUUAUGAAACUUACAAAUUCAGCUGGUAUAUCAUUACAGCAGAUGAUACAUGGACGACAACCUUAUUCAAUUAAGCCACAAUCACAUAGGAAUUCUGGAGCCUUGGCGACUCCAAUGUCAACCGUCGAGAAAAAGCAACAACUUGGUUUGGCCAUCCUUAAAGCUUCAUUCGCUGAAAAUUUGGCUGGGGCGAACAACGACUUGUUGAUGUGCUUUGAAAGAAAGCGUACAUUUGGAUUUUCGUACACGGAUGUAAAUCACCCUGUGCACGUCUUUCAUGGUACAAAAGAUGAUCGGAUCCCCACAUCAGCUGUGAAGUGGAUGGAGGGAAACAUGCCAAAUUGUAAAUUAACUAUGAUCGAAGGGGGUAAACAUUCGUUGUUUUUAAGAGCCGAAGUUGUAGAUUCAAUAUUCAAAUCCAUAGCGGUACAAUUGCAUGAUAAGACAAGUUGUAAAUUAUGUAAAUUACUUUCAAAAUGUUGGUUAAUAGAAGAAGCCGAUAAUUUACGUAAGGAAAGAGAAUUAGAAAUUCAACGUAAAGUAGUGGAAAAGUUUAAGAACAGUGUCAAAAGAAAGCAAGUUCACGACACAAACAUGAUGAAAACCGGUACUUCAAGUAUUUUGGAUCAUCAACAUUCUCCUACUGAUCAACUUUCUGUAUAUACUUAUAUCUAA